AUGAUAGAAAACAAUCCAGAAGAUGACAGUCAUGAAAUUUCAAAUUUAGGACACAGAAAUGAUGUAGAUCUGAAUGCGGAGAGUGGCAAUGGUUCAGGUGAAGAUGUUGAAGAAAACGACGGGCUGAGAUUCAAUGAUUGCGGGGUUGACUUCGAGACAGGCCUUGUACCUGUCUGUGAGGAAGAUGAGCCGAAAACAUAUGAUGAAGUAAUGGCAAGUAAUGAGGCGAGAAAAUGGAAAGAAGCAGUGGAAGCAGAAAUCAUAUACAAAACUAUGUUCAUUUUUCAAGUUGUGCUGGUUUUUGUGACUUGCCCUACGUAUGCUGUUGAAGCUUUCUUUCUUGGUAUCACCAUGCAUCUUUCUGGUCAAUUUGAAAUUAUCAAACUAGAAAUCCAUAAAAUUGGGCAUGAUGAAAAGGUCAAUGGCGAGAGCAAGAAAAUAGAAGCUAUUAUUAAUAAUCACAUUCACCUUUUGAAGACUUCUAUGUAUCUUGAAAAUGUAUUCAACAGCCAAAUUCUUUUACAGUUAUUGACUAGUUCGAUGCUAGUGUGUAUUUCAGUUUCAGGAUAUCAGCUUACUGCUUCAGUGGAAAGUGGAGACGGCGCUAUGUUGGUUAAGAAUAUAGGCCUUAUAACUGUCAUGCUGUUGCAGCCACUUAUAUAUUGUUUUGCUGGUGAUCACCUGAGCAGUCAGAGUGAAGGAGUGAAACAUGCAGCGUAUAAUUGUCAAUGGUAUAAUCUAUCGGCAAAACAUGCUAAAGACAUAUUAUUCAUUAUACGAAGAGCUGAUAUUCCAGUAAAACUCACAGCUGGAAAAUUCGUUACAAUGUCUUUAAGUCAAUAUCUAGACGUUAUAAAAACAGCCGCCUCAUAUAUGUCAUUCCUUCGAGUUACGUAUUCGUAAAUAUUGCAAUCAAGUAGUUCACCAGCUUAAUCUCU